AUGAGCGACGCGCAAAGAAAAAACAGACGUGCCUCGAGCCGUCACGAGGAUGAGCCUGCUGCCAAGAGGAAAGGUCGGCCAAAGAAGGCUGACCAGACUUCACAAGCUCCCUCUACUGCCAUGAGCCGGGUGCAAGCCAGGAGAAUGGUGGCAGAAAAUCCCAAUCUGCAAUACACAGGCGACGACUUGGACGCGUAUUACCGCGAACUUGUCUCGUGGCACGUGGACGGUCCAUGGGAUCCUGAAGACGAUGAUGCGAUUGAUGAAGAAUGGGAACAGUCUCCUCAAAAGGCCAACUCUAAAUUCACACCGUCGCAACAUUCGUCGUUUUUGACUAUGUUCAAGGUCUGCCUCCGACUGUUCAAGUCAACACCGGUCGCAAUCUUCUCUCCAUACCAUAGCCUUCGGUACUGCUCACUGGCACCUAACGGCUACGGAAACGAAUGGAUCUACACCAGGCCAUUCUGCGACAGCUUUACGGACAUCAUGGAACACCCGUUUUGGGAGUCAAACACAGAUCUCUUGGCGACGGCCUUGCAAUGGACGGUUAUCUGUCGCCUCGACGAUCGCCGUCUAUGGAGCGGUCGACUCGACAAGCCUUGUCCAGCUCUCGACUCCGUCUAUGCCGAAGUUCAGCGCUGCCAUGAGCAAAAGGUCGAAUUAUCUUGUUCGUAUCAUGAAAUGCAUGUGUCGGAAAGGGAGCGUAUCUUGGAGCGCGGAGAGUCACCUGGUGAGUGGUCAGAUCUUUUCUACCAGAUAGGUGAGCUCGCCUCUGAACACACUGCUACCAAGCCCAAACCAGCAUUCACGGAGCUGCUUGGCCUUAAGGUCCUACCAGUUACAAUUCACGAUUUGAAGCUUCUUACGGAUGCUCUUGACUCCACAGACCUCAGGCCCGAAUGGAACUACAGCGUCGACGAAGCUACAAAAGGUUGGAGUGCGGAGGUCUCUGGACAGGACUUACCUACGAUGAAGAAGCUCCCUCUUGUCUUUGAGAUCGCUUGGAAGAGCGUGUUUCGAUAUGUGAGACUUGUGAAGCGAAAACUUGCGUCGGACUCUUCACCACCGCUAGGUGAUGAUGAAGACCAGGACUCGCAGGGCUCGGUCCAUCCUCGUGACGAUGAAGACCAGGACUUGCAGGGCUCGAUUCAUACUAGUGAUGGUCAAGACAACGAGUCUGAACCCGAGAUAGCUCAUCGGCCGCGAACACUUCGUCGCCGUCAAGUUGUCGAUGACGACUAUGACAGAGAAGAUGAGUUCAUUCCUCACUCGAGCCCUGGAAUUAACCACGAGGGUACUGGCGAGGAUGACUUUAUGGAUUGUCACUUGGAACUCGAUUUCGGUCUCGACCUGCCUCCCGAUGAUGCGGCACAAAGUACUUCUGGAGCAGAUGUACUUCUGGCACAUGGUCCUACCCUCUCUUCAAGACAGUCUUUGAGACCUUCUGAACCCCCGGUUCAUGGCUCUUUCCAUGAAGAGCAGAUGUCUACAGAGAUCUCGUCGUUGAAGGAGGAAAACGCCAAGCUGUACAAGCUCGUACAAGAAGGCCAAAAACAGCAAAUGGAGCUCAUUCUCAACAUGAAGGAAGAGCAAAACCAACAGAUGCUCGACAUGAGGAACGAGCAAAAUCAACAGAUGCUUGAUAUGAAGGAGCAGCUGCAGAGCAUGCAAUCUGAAUUGACUCAGCUGCGUAAAACAAAGGAAGCGCCCAACCAAGCUGACGUUGAACAGAGCCAUCCUGAAAGGCCUAGCCUUCCCGAACCGACUGUAAUCGCCCCUGGUGCUGCCACCAGAAGUCCUGAGUUAGGAACAAGUCCUUAG